AAAGAAAACUCGAAGAAGUGAAGAAAACUUCUAAGGUUGCUGGCAAAAGAAAAGCAGAUGUCAGUCCUGCCAAGAAAAAUGCUGGAAAGAGAAAAAAAAAUACAAGAAGUACCAUCAAAUGAACCAUCUCAAGAUCCUACUGAUGAAUAUUCUACUGACAGUGAUGAUGAUAGUGAAGAGUCAGUUUACAGAGCAGAAGCAGAGCCUGUCAGUGAGGAUGAUGAUGAGGUGGAGGAUGAGGAGGAAGAGGAGGAAGUAAAGCCAAAGAAGAAAUAGGCAAAGAAAGGGAAUUCAGUGAAGCCAAAGGCUGAAAAGGGGGAGCAGAAGAUGGUACUGUAUGAUGAAGGAAAGAUUGAAGGUAGGGGAAAAAAGAAAAUGAAAACUGAAAUUGUUCAAGCAAUGGAAACUGAUGAAGUUGAGGAAAUACAGGAAGAUGAAUUUGAGGAAGAGAAAUCUUCAAAGAGAGGAGGACAUGUGAAGUUCAUUGCAUGGAUAAAAAAGAUGACACCUACCCAAAAACAACAAGUUGUUGAUAUAGGGUUAGGAUCACUUCUUGACAUUAGUUUACCUCAACUUGAUCAAAAGUUCUGUAAUUGGUUAUUGGGAAGUUUUGAAGAGAAUAGCCAGUGUUUUGAACUACCAAAGAAUGAAAAAAUAGAAAUUGAGGUAGAGGAUGUGAGGGUAGUUUAUGGCUUUCCUACAGGAGAAAUUCCAAUUGUUGAGCCAAAGUCUGAUAAAAUUAGUGAGGAAUAUGCAGAAUUUCUGAAGAAAUGGAGAAAAUCAUGGUCGGGAAAAACUCCAUCAGUGAGUCAGAUUGUGAAUGGAUACAUAAAUGAUAAAUUCACCAACAACAGACCACCAAGUGAACAUUUCAUUACUAACUUUUUAGCAGUGGCUGUGAACUGCUUGAUGAAAUGUGUAUCAAACAAUCAAUGCCAUUUCAAAUUUCUUUAUUCUAUUAUGGACAAAGAAAAAAUAAAAAAUUUGAACUGGUGUCAGUUUGUAUAUGACUCACUUAUCAAAUGUCAUGUUGAUUGGAGAAAGCAGCAAGGCAAGGGGUUCUACAAAGGCCCUCUUCAAUUUCUGAUGUUGUUCUAUUUUGAUAGGGUUCAGAGUUAGACAAAUGGCCUCCAAGAACAUUUCCUAUCAUAUCUGCAUGUAAUAGAGACAUGGUUCUUGAGAGGUUGAAGAUUGAAUUAGAAUUGGGAUUUGGGAGAGGAAAAAUUCUACCAAGGAUUGCUACAGAAGUUGAAGAAAGUCCUGAG